AUGUCUUUGUUAAAGCUGGAUACCUGUGUCCUCGUUGUAGGCGCAGGACCAGUCGGCGUCACUCUGCAGCUCCUACUCUCUCGCUUUGGAGUGCCGUGCCUCUUGGCUGAACGCAACGUGUACCCACGUACUCAUCCGCGUGCGCACUAUGUUAGUAAUCGAACGAUGGAAGUUUGGAGGCAACUGGGACACUUAGACAAAGCUAUCGAAUGUAUCACCGAGCCGCUGGGAUACUGGCGCUACUUUAAAUAUUGCCGUCACCUCACCGAUCCUCAUGUCAAUCUCUACGGUACUGUCGACCACUUCAAAGGUAAUGAUCACUGUUGCCCUCCAAACUUUUGUUCAGAUGCGUUCACCUACAGUGACACCUAUUUCGACGAGCUCAGCCCCUCGAGGAUAACGAACAUCCCUCAGCAUAAGCUUCUGUUCCUCCUGAAGACGGUGGCGCUCGGCAGAUCCCAGGUUUACUCCAGCACAUCGGACAAUGCAUAUCUCACAUGGUUAAAGACACACUACACUCAUGUGAUGAAAACUAGCAAGUUCGAUGAAUCUAAAUUGAGCCGACUGGCUGCCCUUCGUGGCCCUGCAAUAUUGCCCCUUGAACUUGAGGGAGUCAUGGGCAAUGACGACGCAAAAACCAACGUACCAUUCGUAGAUGGAGGCCUAAAGUUUGAAAAAUUUGUGAACGACGACAUGACCAACGGCGUUGUUUCUGAAUUGACAUCCAUAAGGGAUGGUAGAACGUUGCACGUAAAAAGCGCCUUCGUAGUAGGGGCAGAUGGCAUCCACAGCAAAGUGCGGCAGUACAUCGAUAGUAAAAUUCCUCUUAAGACAUCCAGCCGAACGGAUACGGAUCUGCUGAAAGACGUUAUUAGCGUGUACUUCAGCUCAGCGCAGCUCGGACAACUCGUGGCAUCUAACCCUGCCAUGAUUUACUUCAUAUUCUCUCGCGUAAGUAUAGUCAUUUGUUACGAAAUAUCUUUUAUUGUCAUCAAAGUCGUGCAGUGCAUUGCCGUACUCGUUUGUCAAGGGGGGACACCGACGGAGUUCGUCGCACAGCUGCCAUUCUUCUCUGAGAUCGAAGACGCCGCGAACUAUGAUGAUGCAACGUGUGCCGCAUACAUAAAUGAAUUUGUAGGCACCCGUCUAACUGAUUUACGUAUAAUUAACGUAAAAAAAUGGACAGUUUCCACGGAAACCGCUGGUUCUUUCGUGGACCCCGACAGUUGCAGGAUUCUGAUCGCUGGCGAUGCUGCACACGUAGUUGCACCAGCUGGAGGCCAAGGUAUGAACAUGGGUAUUGCUGACAGUUAUAAUCUUGCGUGGCGUUUGGGGCGUCUGUUUUACCGAAGAGUCCUUAAUGGCGUGCGUGUAGCAAGCGCCUACCCUUCCGUUGGAUCUAUGUUCGACAUUGUUGAGAAGGAACUUACCGACGGUGAGAGACGUUCUAUUCUAGACUACGCGAAGGAGAGGCGUGCCGUUGCAGAGUACACUCGCGGUAUUUGCUUGACCGAGGUGAAAAAUGGCUCCAAAUUUGCCAACAGCCUCCACUACGACCAUGCACUAAUACAUCGAAUAAUGCAGUUGUUGCCACAGAUUGGCAAUAAAACGUCGGCGAUUAUACGUAAUGCGCUCACGAUGGCAAAAUGUACAAUGAAACAUGCCUAUUCGACACCAAAAAUGAUGGACUCGAUUAGGAGUGGCCCCGGAGCUGUAGUCUCAUCGGGAGACACAUUAGGUCUCGCCUUCCCAGGAUCAGACCUGGCAUAUGCAUACGGCGAUGGUACCGAUUUGUUUUUGUCGACGUCUCAUCGUAGAUAUGAACCUAGCUCCAUAAUAGGGCGGAGGGUACCACACUGUUUUUUUUAUACUACGCUAAGGGAAAACGGUCGGUUUUCGCUUUUGGAGCCCCAAUCUGUCACAGUCUACAAACUAUCAACAGUCGAUUUACCUUCAUUUUUAAACCCAGCCAUAUACUUUUGUUGGCUUGUGUUCUCGCCGAUAUUGGCCCAUGAGUUGUACAACGUACUCUCUGAGGUAGCUCCGGAGAGAGGGACCCUGUCAUACGUCUGUUUAUGGAACGCACCUUAUGUUACGGGAAAUAGGAAAGACGCCAUAGAAAUAAAUGACCAACCUUUGAUGUUGGAAGCUGCCGACAUCAACGGAAUGGGAGUGGAAUUAGCUGCUCGGGAGAUAAAGAUCCAAAAGGUCGUCACAAGCGUACACCAUGGUUCUUCACCCAAUUUCCUCUUCCAGAAGUUAGGCAGCGAUGGAAACGACCUGUAUGAACUCGUUUCCAAUAUGAGAAAAGGCAUACACCAGAAUCCCGCAGUUCCCAUCAAGGCAGUUUUCAGUGAUAAAGGCAGCUUAGACAGAUUUUCAAAAGCGUUGUGCGGAAGGGAAGCGGACCUCUCCAAUUCCCUUAUCCUGCUUCGACCCGACGCCCAUAUACUUGCGUUCAAGGAGUUGAUACACAUUGAAAAAUCACAUCUAGAACAUUACAUAAAGGAGUUAAUGCUAUAG